CUAACUAGCAAGCCAAAGAAAAAGAGAGAGGUAUAGAGGAACAAAUUAAUCAGAGAUGGGCGGAGAGAGGAAGGUUGUGUGUGUUACAGGAGCUUCUGGUUUCAUAGCUUCAUGGUUGGUGAAGAUUUUGUUACAGCGAGGUUAUGUCGUCAAAGCCACCGUUCGUGACCCAAAUGAUCCAAAGAAAACAGAACACUUGCUCUCACUUGAUGGAGCAAAGGAAAGGCUUCAUUUGUUCAAAGCAGAAUUGUUAGAAGAGGGGUCUUUUGACCUUGUAGUUGAUGGAUGUGAAGGUGUUUUCCAUACAGCAUCUCCGGUACUAUUUUCAUCGAUCAGUGACCCACAGGCAGAACUGAUUGAUCCUGCAGUAAAGGGAACGCUUAAUGUUCUUAAAUCAUGCGUGAAAUUUCCAACAAUCAAGAGGGUAGUUUUAACAUCUUCCAUGGCUGCAGUUAUUAUCAAUGGAAGACCUUUAACCUCUAAUGUAGAAGUUGAUGAAACAUGGUUUUCUGAUCCACUUGUUUGUGAGGAGUUGAAGGCAUGGUAUUUACUUUCAAAAACUUUAGCAGAGGAGGCUGCUUGGAAAUUUGCUAAAGAAAAUGGGAUUGACAUGGUGACCAUAAAUCCAGCGUAUGUGAUGGGUCCACUCUUGCAGCCAACUCUUAAUUACACUGUGGAGAUGGUUCUGAAUCUCAAGAAUGAUGCUCACGAAGUAACAAAUGGAUAUUAUUUAUCCACUGAUGUUAGAGAUGUUGCCUCGGCUCAUAUUCAAGCAUUUGAAGUUCCUUCAGCGAGUGGAAGAUAUUGUCUAGUUGCAAAUGUCACCCCUAUUUACAAGGCUCUGAAGAUUUUAGAACAACUUCAUCCGACUUUGUGCCCACCUGAAAUAUGUGAGCAUGAUAUCCCUUCUGCCCCAGAGUAUCAAAUAUCCCAGGAAAAAGCAAAGAGUUUGGGAGUUAGUUUCCUUCCGUUGGAAGUAAGUCUCAGGGACACUAUUGAAAGCCUGAAGGAGAAGGGAUUCCUCGAGGCUUGAAUUAUGCAACCGGCAGCAACUUGUUCAUUGCACAAGCUUCUCCAAAGAGAUGAUGAAUUUAUGUUUGUUUGUCUUCAUUUCUUAAGUUAUAUAGAGAAAAGUGGCAUUUCUUAUUCCAUUUAUUGUAACAAUUUAGGGAAUAAACCAAUGAAAAAUCAUGAUAAUAUGCAAACAGGGUUUGCAAGAUUAAUGAAAUUAAUUUAUGUUGUUAGAGGAUUUGGUU